AUGCAAACUUUCCCUAUGAUCCUUGUUGCUCUUGCCUUAGCUGGCUUCGCAGCUUCUCAGCAAAUUUGGGAUAUUUGGCAAACAACAUGGGAUCGUUCAAAGCUUUUCAGGUCUUUGUCUCCCACUUCCCCCAUCAACUUUGUCGCACCAGGUCCGAUUGGCAACGCGGAUAUCAUCGUCAACGAUGCGAUUAAAUUUCAGACUAUUGCUGGUUUUGGAGGCCCUCUCACCGACUCAUCUGCUCUUGUUUUGAACAACUUGAAGUCAACCAGCUCUCAAAAUUACUGGACGUUGCGGAAUCAUAUGUUCUCCCCAACGUAUGCCGCUAACGCCGCUGGUCUCAAUUAUAUUCGUGUUAAAGUCGGAGCUUCUGAUUUUUCUGCGAACCUUUAUAGUCUAGAUGACAGCAGCAGUGAUACAUCUUUCAGCAACUUCAAUAUCAACAAGGUCCCAUCCUAUUUUUUUUCCGUUCUCAAGGAUAUUCGGGGGAUCAAUUCUAAUCUCAAAGUCGACAUUAUCCCAUGGUCCCCGCCAGGUUGGACGAAAGAUAGUGGGAGUAUGAAUGGCGGAUCCUUACAGUCAAAAUACGUCCCUGCUUAUCCUAUGGACCUUCUCAAAGCUGUACAAGGUUUUGAAAGUCAAGGCAUCGCCUUUUAUGCAAUAUCUAUUCAGAAUGAACCCCAGAAUAACAAUCCUACAUACCCCACCUGCACAAUGUCGCCCACUGUUGAAGCUCUGAUUGGCGCCGCACUGCGUACGCUCCUCAAUAUCAACGGUCUUUCAACUGCAAGAGUCAUUGGUUAUGAGCAUAACUGGGAUGACGCUGGGGAAUACCCAGUGGCUCUGAUGCAGGACGCUGGAAAAUCCUUCGCCGGCGUGGCGUUUCAUUGCUAUGCUGGAGCCGUUUCUAACCAAGAUUCCCUCCACAACUCCUUCCCAGCCAAGGAAAUCUACUUCUCAGAGUGCGCCGGAACAAUAGGGUCUGAUUGGUGGAGUGAUAUCAAGGCGCGCUCAUCAGUUUCUCUUGCCGUUGUGUCCGAACGUGUUCUUUCAAGUGGUACAUGGAUAAUCUUUGGAUUGGGAGUCUCGAACAUAACGCGAAAUCUGUCCGUUCCCCAUCCUUUGCACUCUAAAAAACGAGCUAGCAACGUUGAACAGGGUUUGAUGUGGAAUAUCGCUACCGAUGCCAACGGAAAUCCGAAGCUGCCUGGUACAAAUAGUUGCGGCAGUGUGGGGUGCCGCCCUCUCGUCACAGUGAACGGCGACGGAAGCUACACCUUGAAUCAGGAGUUCUAUUACAUGGCUCAAGCGUCGAAGGCAAUUAUUCCCAUCGAUCCCGCAGGCUCUUUCGGACAACGAAUUGGCGUUUCCGUUGGAGGGCCUCUCAGUUGGGCCCUCACAGUUGGUGUAUACGUUAUUACAAGAGUAUCUUCGAGUGAUUGGUCGCAGGUCUCCAUCGUCGUGAUGAAUUGGGCCGACGGAGGAAAUACUACGCCAGUCAAUGCUACAAUCGAAUUCCGAGGGAUGCAGGCGAAGUACACGUUUCCGGUCGGUGUAACGACCCUCUGGUGGUUUGCGUCCGCGGCGAGUCGCCAAGCUAGCAUGACGACGACUAAUCCUCAUCACCUGCCUCCUUUUUUCCCUCCUUCCCCAACAACUUCGUCAACAGCGUCUCCUUGUCCUGUCUAG